AAGCUUGCGGUUGGUUUGUCAGAAUCAUGUUUAUCAUAUUAAAUAAGUUAACUUAAUUUCGAUAAAUUCUUAAUGAGUUCGAACUUGACAGAAUUUUAAUGAACUGAGCUAAAGAUAAGAAAAGCUCGUAACUCAAUUAUAACCCUAUUUUCUGGUGGUCUUCUCUUUAACCAACUAUUCGCGUCUGCGAAAUUUCCCAUUCAAAUCUUAUAUUAUAGCCGAAGUCUCCCAACCAGUCGCUUUGGCCGAGUGGUUAAGGCGUGUGCCUGCUAAGUACAUGGGGUUUCCCCGCGAGAGUUCGAAUCUCUCAGGCGACGAUUAAAUUUGUUUUUCGGCUUUUUGCUCUCCUUCUAUCCAGAAAACGCCAUUCAAGACGAAGACACUCUAAUUUUGAUGAUGUGGUUCAGACUUCACGGAUAUGCCAUAACACCCACCGUGACCCAGGAACUUGGGAGCACAACUUGAGAGUUCAAUUCAGAAGCACAGGAAGAUCAAAUCAGAAUCAACCCCUUAAUAGUUUCUUGACGCGGAUUCGGAUUAAGCCCUUUCACAUAAAAGGGGGAGGAAAUUAGAUAAACAUAGAGAAACUCUUCUUCUUCUUCUUCUUCUGCUGCUGCUGCUGCUGCUGUUUGGUCUCCAAUGGAGGACCCAGAAAUCGUUUCCCAACAACACAUUUCCCCUCCUGACAAAAACAAAAAACCUCGUCUCAACAGAUUUGCCCUGGCUUGUGCAACCUUGGCCUCCACCAAUUCAAUUCUUCUGGGCUAUGAUAUUGGGGUGAUGAGUGGAGCAGUGUUGUACAUAAGAGAUACCAUGAAGAUCACAUCAGUCCAGGUGGAGAUUUUGGUGGGAUCGCUGAAUGUCUGUUCAUUGAUCGGAUCCUUGGCAUCCGGCAGGACCUCCGACUUGAUCGGCCGCCGGUACACCAUCGUCCUGGCGGCAGCCACCUUUUUGAUAGGCGCACUCUUGAUGGGUCUCGCACCAUCCUUCCCUUUCCUCUUGGCCGGAAGGGUAAUCGCCGGCAUCGGCGUCGGCUACUCCCUCAUGAUAGCCCCGGUCUACACUGCCGAGGUCUCGCCCAAGAUGACGCGUGGCUUCCUCACAGCCCUUCCCGAAGUUUUCAUCAACAUUGGGAUUCUACUGGGUUACAUCUUCAACUUUGCUCUCUCUGGUUUACCGGCGCACAUCAACUGGAGGCUAAUGCUCGGCCUGGCCGCUCUGCCGGCCGCCGUCGUCGCUGCCGGAGUCAUGGUCAUGCCGGAGUCUCCCCGGUGGCUUGUCAUGAAAGGGCGGUUAUCUGAGGCCAAGCGGGUUCUGAGGAAAACUUCGGAAAAUGACGAAGAAGCCGUUAGUAGAUUCGAAGAGAUCAUCAAAGCCGCUACUGCGGCUUCAUCGGCAGGCGACUUUCAGGGGCAAGGGGUCUGGAAGGAGCUACUCAUCCGCCCGACCCGAGCGACCCGCCGGAUUCUGCUCUCCGCCAUCGGGAUGAACUUCUUCAUGCAAGCCUCCGGCAACGACGCCGUGAUCUACUACACGCCGGAGGUGUUCAAGAACGCCGGAAUCCGCCGUCGGAAGCAGCUCGUCGGCGUCACAGUAAUAAUGGGCAUCGCCAAAACUGCCUUCUGUUUGGUCUCGGCAUUGAUGUUGGACAACUUCGGAAGGAGGCCUCUCCUGUUACUGGGCACCUUAGGAAUGGCCGUGUCUCUAGCUGGGCUGGGACUGGGCUCGAAGUUUCUGGAACAUUCCAACUCGAAGCCCCUAUGGGCCAUAAUCUUGUGCGUGGUGGCGGUGUGCGCUGACGUGUCGUUCUUUUCAAUUGGGCUUGGGCCCAUCACCUGGGUCUACUCGUCGGAGAUUUUUCCGAUGAGGCUGAGGGCACAGGGGUCUAGCCUGGCGGUGUCGGUGAACAGGCUGGUGAGUGGGGCGGUGGCAAUGUCUUUCCUGAGCAUUUCGAGAAAGAUUUCGUUUGGGGGAAUGUUCUUUGUGCUAUCGGGAGUUAUGGUUGUGGGUUUCAUAUUUUUCUUCUUCUUUGUGCCGGAAACCAAAGGGAGGAGUUUGGAAGAAAUCGGCUCAAUGUUUGAGAAAGAUAAAGAAAAAGAUAAAGGUAGAGAUGAUGAUGAGGAACCCAACAAUAACAAUGCUGCCGCUGCUGCUGGUGCCACCGAUGGGUGAGAUUAGGGAGGUGAACAUUAUUGUUAUUAACUGUUAGAUUAGUGUUUUUCUGUUCUUAAUUUUAUAUG